GAGAGAGAGAGAGAGGUGGGCAGUCCUUUCUCUGCUGUGGACCUGUCGCACAAGAUAUUUAGCAUAAAGUCAGUCAGUCCCCCCAGUGCGUGGGCAUCAAGCUUUCACUUUUCCCGCAGUCCUUAUGAAAGAGAAACGCGCGUGGAAGGAGAAACGGGAGCUUUCGGCGUGUUUGAGGUCUGAGGAACUUUCUAGGCUACAUGACGGCUGACGACUCCAUCAGUCCAGGACAGCAGCAGUUCAGCCACGGCGAAGUUGCGUUUGGCGGGGAUUACUUCCACCAAAGCGGGAUCUGAUAGGCUGGAGGGGGUUAUGGAUUUUAACCUGCUGACGGAGGCCGAAGCCCGCAGCCCCGCGCUGUCCCUCUCCGACUCUGGGACUCCUCAGCAUGACCAGAGCUGCAAAGGCCAGGACACCAGCGACACAGAGAAAUCCCAUCAGAAUCAGACGGACGAGUCUAACCCAGAGGAUGGCUCUUUGAAAAAGAAGCAGCGCAGACAGAGGACACAUUUCACCAGCCAACAGCUCCAAGAACUGGAGGCGACCUUCCAGAGGAACCGCUACCCAGACAUGAGCACACGAGAGGAGAUCGCCGUGUGGACAAAUCUCACAGAAGCACGAGUGCGGGUAUGGUUCAAAAACCGCCGUGCCAAGUGGAGAAAGCGAGAGAGGAACCAGCAGGCUGAGCUGUGCAAGAAUGGCUUCGGUGCUCAGUUCAAUGGACUCAUGCAGCCAUAUGACGACAUGUACUCGGGCUACUCAUACAACAACUGGGCUACCAAGAGUUUGGCCAGCAGCCCCCUGUCAGCCAAAAGCUUUCCCUUCUUCAACUCUAUGAACGUCAGCCCCUUGUCCUCCCAACCUAUGUUCUCCCCACCCAGCUCCAUCCCCUCCAUGAACAUGGCCUCCUCCAUGGUGCCCUCGGCAGUGACGGGCGUGCCUGGAUCGGGCCUGAAUAACCUGGGCAACCUGAACAACCUGAACAGCCCCACGCUCAACACGGCGGCAGUGUCGGCAGCCGCCUGCCCUUACGCCACCACGGCCAGCCCGUACAUGUACAGAGACACCUGUAACUCCAGCCUGGCCAGCCUCCGGCUCAAAGCCAAGCAGCACGCCAACUUUGCAUAUCCAGCUGUGCAGAACCCCGUGUCCAACUUAAGCCCCUGCCAGUACGCCGUGGACCGGCCGGUAUGAACCCCUUCCAGACCACUGGAACCCCAGAGUCCCCAUCCUGCAUUCAAACCUACUCCCAAUCCAACCCACUAUUGAAUUCUGAGGCAUCUCAUUCCCAGCAGUAUGGACUGGUGGUUAAGAACAUGUGGUUUUCCUGAACAAGACUGAGCGCCAUGGGAAUAAACUUUUAUGAGGAACUAAUCGAGAGACAAACUCGCACUGGACCAUGCCUCAAAGGACUCCAUCAGAAUAUGUUGAGACUUUGAUGCUGAACCGACCAACUGUUAAGGGGGGAAAAAGGAUCUCUACAGUUUCUCUUCUGCAUGACUAGAGUGCAUUACAAGGAAGAGGACACCAUGGCACUGGUAGGAAAGCCUAUGCCGAUUUAAAAUGUCCAAAAAUGCUCUCACCAUCAACAAGCGUGAAAGGCACAUGCAUUCGAAAUACAGGCAAAAGGAUGUACAUAAUGGACUUUCUGUUUUUGUAUGUGACGAAAAAAAGAAGAAAAAAAAAAAUCUAUGAAACGACGUAGUGCUUUAAACAUGAGAUAAGCAUGUUCCUCAAGAGCAGAACCUGGAUCAUUUUGCCAUGAGUACCUCCUUAGGAAUUUUAAUCUUUGUUGUGAAUUCCAUUCACCUAGGUUAAGAGGUCGAGGGUCAGAGGUUGCUGUCAAAUGGGAAGAUGAAAAGUAGCAAAUGAGUAGUUUGAAAGAAAAAACAAAUAAUACAUGAGUAAAAAUAUGUUCCAGCUCUGCAGGAACCCAGAAAAUUAGGACCUUCUUUUUAAAAAAAGCCAUUGAAUAUAAUAGUUUUGUGUGGUGUUCUAAAAAGGGAGUCUAUGACUGUAAAAUAAUGUAUGUAAGAGUGCAGUUGUUAUAAAACAAGCUUUUUUUUU